GUUCAUCAGUUCGGUUUCAUUCGUUAUAACUGGAAAACCACUAACCGAGAAACCACCCACGCCAUGUUCACCAUCACUGUUUUCCUUCUAAACAUGAUGGGUAUGGCGUUAGCUGCGGGCAACGAGAUCCCCAUCGUCAGUCAGAGCCAGGACAUCAGUCCAGACGGUAGUUUUUCCGCGAAAUGGGAAACUGGCAACGGUAUUACCUAUCAGGAGGAGGGAUUCCUGAAGAAUCCUGGCCAAAAGGACACAGAGGCUGAAGAAGUCCGGGGUUCCGCGUCCUGGACCGCUCCGGACGGUACCAAAAUCAACCUCGGCUGGCUGGCCAACGAAAAUGGCGCCAAUUUUCAAGGAGCCCAUCUACCGACACCACCGCCCACGCAACCAGUGCCUGUUCUCAUUCAGCGUGCCCUCGACUGGAUAGCCGCUCAUCCCUACAAGGAAGAGAAGAAUAGAUUGUAAUUUUUCACGACGUUUCACUAAAAUAACAAUUGAGGUCCUUCGAGGUCUUCCUCUUCCUCUUCCCAAGCGCGUAAAUGCCUCGAAUGCACAGGACCUAGGCUUAUCAGGGCCUGGGUGAUCCUUUCUACUUCUGAAACGGUUGGUAAAAGACACAAUGUUAUUACUGCGGAAAUAUAUUUACCAUUCUAUUACUUUUCUCCUAUUAUUUACCU